UCCAAAACGCAGAGUGGAAAACAGAAAAAACGAAACGUUUCUCUGAAAAUCCCCAACGCAGAGUGAUGAGAAGAAUCCGCUUUCUGCUUCUGAAACGACCUUCUCCUUCAAUAGCAGCGAUCCACACUCCCUGUACCCUUCGACCUGAAACCCAACACAGCCACAAACACAAUGCCAAUUCUAUCCCCACAGGAAUACCAUGCACCUUCUCCACCACAUCACUCCCAUACCCAUUCCCUCGCCCGGAACUGGUGGAACCCUUCUGCGACCUCUCCGACGUCGUUUCCUCCACUCAGCAACUCCAACCUUCCCCAUGGCUCACCCAAAUCCUUAACCUCCUCGACGGUUCCCACUCCAUGGAGUCCAACCUCGACACCUUCUGCCGAAACUUCCUCAUCACACUCUCCCCUAACUUCGUCGCCCACGCGCUCCGCUCCCUCAAAUCCCCCAACACCGCCACGCGCUUCUUCCAUUGGGCUUCAAACCAGAACAAUUACUCCCACACCCUCGACUGCUACGUUUCCCUCUUUCACGUCCUCCUCUCCGUCCCCACCGCCGCAGCAUCACCGGAAUUCCUCGACCUCUUCACGGAGAUGCGGCGAAAGCAGCUCCCGAUGACCGUCCACGCUGCGAAUUCCCUCAUCAAGAGCUUUGGCGGCGCGUGUUUAGUGGAGGAGUUGCUUUGGGUGUGGCGUGCAAUGAAAGAGCACGGCAUCGAACCCAGCCUCCACACCUACAACUUCCUCCUCAACGGCCUGGUGAAUUCGGCACUCGUAGAAUCCGCUGACCGGGUUUUCGUGGCGAUGAAGGAGGGAAGGAUGAAGCCAGAUGUGGUUUCUUACAAUACAAUGAUCAAAGGGUAUUGCAAAGUUGGAAAAGCGCGCAAGGCAUUGGAGAUGGUUAGAGAGAUGGAGGUUGAAAAUGUGGAGCCUGAUAAGGUUACUUAUAUGACAAUUAUGCAAGCUUGUUACACAGAAGGGGAUGUUGAUUGUUGUUUGAGUCUUUACCAUGAGAUGGAUGAUAAGGGAUUAGAGGUUCCUUCUCAUGCUUAUAGUUUAGUGAUAUGUGGGUUGUGUAGGCAGGGGAAAGUUGUUGAAGGUUGUAAUGUGUUUGAGACUAUGAUUUCGAGAGGUUGUAGAGUUAAUAAGGCUGUAUAUACUGCUCUCAUUGAUUCUUAUGCUAAGAUUGGAAAUAUGGAUGGGGCUUUAAGGUUGUUUGAGAGGAUGAAGAUGGAUGGGAUCGAGCCGGAUGAGGUUACUUAUGGAGCUGUUGUUAAUGGUUUGUGUAAGAGUGGGAGGCUUGAGGAAGCCAUGGGCUAUUUCGAGUUUUGUAGGGUCAAUGGUGUUGCGGUUAACGCCGUGUUUUAUUCGAGUCUGAUUGAUGGGCUUGGAAAGGCAGGGAGAGUGGAUGAAGCUGAGAGGCUGUUUGAUGAAAUGGAAGAGAAGGGAUGCAUGAGGGAUUCAUAUUGCUACAAUGCUCUCAUUGAUGGGUUGUGCAAGUGUGGGAGGAUUGACGAAGGUCUGGCGUGGUUUAAGCAGAUGGAGAGGGUAGGUUGUGAGCAGACUGUUUAUACGUAUACUAUAAUUAUCAGUGAGCUCUUCAAAGAGCAUAGGAAUGAAGAGGCCUUAAAAAUGUGGGACAUGAUGAUUGACAAAGGUGUGACACCAAAUGUUGCCUCUUUUAGGGCUCUUUCAAUUGGACUGUGUCUUUCGGGUAAGGUUGCAAGAGCUUGCAAGGUUUUGGAUGAUCUUGCCCCCAUGGGCAUUGUUCUUGAAACUGCUUAUGAAGAUAUGAUUAAUGUGUUGUGCAAAGCCAGUCGUGUGAAGGAAGCAUGCAAAUUGGCUGACGGGAUUGUUGAUAGGGGUAGAGAAAUACCUGGAAGAAUUCGUACUGUUCUGAUUAAUGCCUUGAGGAAAGCUGGUAAUGCAGAUUUGGCAAUGAAGUUGAUGCAUAGCAAGAUUGGUAUUGGAUAUGAUCGAAUGCGUAGUGUUAAAAGGCGAGUGAAGUUCCAAACCCUUUUUGACAGUUGAUUUUCUUUUUCUUUCAACUUGAUAUUGCACUUGAAAAUUAGUGAAGGGCAAAGACAGGACGUGUAUGGAUUAUGAAAGGGACGCCAUUCUGGGUUUUGUUUCGUUGGUAAACUAUAGAGUUGCUGUUUGCUCCAAGGUUGAUCAAUAAAGUAUUAGUUGAAUGUGUUGUAGACGGAUAAAUUCAUGAUCUAGUAUUUUACCCCAAAUGUGUGCUAAUUCAUGUGGAGUGAUGCUUAAUUAAAUCUCUUCAGUAGGGCUGUUCAAAAUAUCCAUAUUAUCCAAACCGAACUGAAUCCAAACCGGUCCAUACUUAAAAAACCAUUUUUUCUAAAAACCGGUUUUGAACAAAAACCUCUUCUUACCUUGUAAAGCAGUUCAGUUACCUACUCUUUUACGAAGUGGAUAUGCACGGUUACCCAAACCAAUUUCGUUUUUCUUUGAAUUCAAAAUUCCCAUCCAAAUCGUGAGCAAUGAGAUUUGUGAACCCUAACACUCACAUUUUCAUUCUUUGAUUUCGACAAACCCUGACACUCCAAACUCCUUUCAUUCUUCUUUCAUCCUAAUCUAACGAAGUGGAUGAGCUUCUCUGAUUUGAUUUGCACCACUUUCGAGUCACAAUCCCUAAGUCCUUGUGGAAUGUUUGCCAUCUUUUUUGCUAUGUGAGAGGUAGUUGCCUGUGGUUGGUUCUGCUAUGUAAGCAUUGUGCUGGAAAAAAAAAACUACUCUCCGUUAAACUCGACUAGCGAGUGUUGGAGGAGGCAAUCCUUGUACGUAGCCUUACCCUUGCAUAAUUGCAAAGAGGCUGUAAUAGAAAAAUCUUUCAGUCUAAGAUUUUUGUUUACGUAUGUGAUACACAUUUCCAGAGUACCUUCGUACAUUCUUUGUUGCACUUGCUGGUGGGGAAUCAACAUUUGCAUUUCUAAAGGUUAGAACUCAUCACAAUAACAUUGCAAAGCAUUUUAGUCUUUAGCCUGAAACUUCGCCUAGGAAUCUAAGUGGGCUUUCAAUUUUCUCAUCUUUGCCUAUGCUUACUUACAGACUAGCUCAAAGACUAUCCGGGUUUAUUAGCAUUAAUUUGCUUUUCUGGACCUUCUUAGCGAUGCUUUGGAACUAACAUGAGUUGCUUUUGAAUAAUGUUGUUCCCAUCUAAGGUUUUAGAGAAACUAGAGAAGCAAACGCAAUUACUUAUUGUCGAAAUUUUCAUUUUAAAUCUGCAUUUCAAGUUGCCGUGAAAGUCUUCAUUUCCAUUACUAUCUUCCAUAAUAUAAUCCUUCACACAGAUACUUGAAAGUUGAAACCUUGCUCAUGGCAUUCAUUUGACACUAAACAGAGAAUAUGGGAUUUUUGGUGAUGUAAAAUUGGCAGGUAAAAAUGGAAUUAUAGAAUAUCUUUAGAUUUCUUGUUCUAUCAAUCACACCAUUGGCAUAUCUUAUUUAUGAUUAUUAUUCAUUAUUAAUAAUAAAAUCUCAAUGUGCCUUACAUUAUUCUUACGUCUAUUCAUGUGAAAAUUUGCAAUUUUGUUAAAAAAAUAUUCACAGGGGCAAGGAUAUAUAUUAUCAAGCACAGGCUGUAUUUGAUUUGUCAUUUGUGUGUGAACAACUUUUAUUUUCCCACCUGGUGGAAACCUUUGCACAAGCCCGGGAUUGUCUUCUUCCUAUGGGAAUCACUUGUGAGAAUGUUGCGCAGCGUUAUGGUGUGACAAGGCAGGAGCAAGACCAGGCUGCUGUGAGCAUGGCAAAUGUAUUUAAUAUGCUAAGAAUUUAUGAAAAGAUUGCCAGGAUGCAUAAACUCAAAAGUUUUCAAAUUUGUCAUCAGAUACUAUUGAAGAAUUUGUUGCUAGUGUUGGAAUUCAGGGUCUAGCUU